AUGUGAUAAAUGAGACAACCUACACCCCUUGUAUGUCGGUAAAUGUGAUAAAUGAGAUAACCUGCACCCCUUGUAUGUCGGUAAAUGUGAUAAAUGAGACAACCUGCACCCCUUGUAUGUCGGUAAAUGUGAUAAAUGAGAUAACCUGCACCCCUUGUAUGUCGGUAAAUGUGAUAAAUGAGAUAACUUGCACCUCUUGUAUGUCGGUAAAUGUGAUAAAUGAGAUAACCUGCACCCCUUGUAUGUCGGUAAAUGUGAUAAAUGAGAUAACUUGCACCUCUUGUAUGUCGGUAAAUGUGAUAAAUGAGACAACCUACACCCCUUGUAUGUCGGUAAAUGUGGUAAAUGAGAUAACCCGCACCCUUCGUCUGACAAGCAGUCGACAACAGACACGGUACCGUGCCAAAAUUCAUCCACCCUGUGUGUAUGUAAACAAGACGGACGGACUAAAACAAGGGGAGAGGAGUCGACGCCACACCGGCACUGUGUCCUCCCGAGUGAGUGAUGACGCCAUGUACGUCCUUACAGGUAACCAAGCGUCCUGGACACCAACCAGCAGCCACCGACAGAAGAUGGCGGUCUUCACGCAAAGUGAUUGCUUCCGUUUGAAGUUAUUGCGCGUCCUGGAGACGGCCGGCCAGAAGGUGAUGACGUACACCCUCCUGUGCGGGACACCAGGCAAGAACCCGAGCGAAACCCUCAUCGAAUACCUCGCCAGGCUUCCGGACACCUCGACGGCCAAAUACAAGAACAUGACCACAAGGCAAAAAAGAAAUUGCUUCGAUAGAGAUCAGAAGCAAAUGAUCAUUAUUGAUCCUUCAUGUAGCAGCUUUGAUAUUACCUUGCUCUUUAAAGCGAUCACAGUGGCAUGCGAAGGAUUGGAUGAUACUACUGACCUUGCUAGGCUGGUCAAGAAGAUAAAGGACACGAGGAAUGUCUUGGUGCAUGAUGUACAUAAAACAGCGACUCAACAUGUAUUCCUAACCGAACUUAAAAAGUUGCAGGAAGACUUUGAUGAAACACUACAAGCCACGAAGGAGAAGUACAACACAGACGGGGUGGAGUGUGUCGAGAAGAAGAACGAAGUGACACAGCUGGUCCAUGCCAUCAGGGACGAGAAGAUUGGUAAUGCUGAAAUACGGAACUUCUCGUACGAGUAUCUGCCGCAUUUCCAGAGGGAGGCUAACGAGGAACUCAAACAAAAGAUUGACCAUGCCAAACACUUUAACCCGCUUUCCUUUCUCAGCGGCCAUGAAGAUCGCGAAGUGAACGUAAAAACUAUUUUUACAGAAAUCAAAAUUCAAGAAGAAAAUAAGGAAAAUGAGAAUAUCCAUUACUUGGAGCUACUCACUCUCGCCCAGAAUAAAAGUGCACCCUCCAAGCCACACCUCCUACUGUUGGAGGGAGAAGCAGGCAGUGGAAAAACCACUCUGGUUACAUACAUUGUUUCCGAUUACCUGGAGGGUAAUCGCCGCAUGGCGGGCCUCGACCACUACCAUCUACUCUUAUGGGUCGUGUGCCGGGAGGAGACUAGCGACACUCUUGAGAAGCUGGUGAAGAGGCUCCUGCCCUACGCCUCCUCCAAGUAUGGCUACCUUCUGAUGCCUUUACUGAAACUAAGCAAGGUCAUCAUUAUCAUCGAUGGACUCGAUGAGAUGAUGGAGACAUCGCGCCCUCUCCUUGAUGACAUCCUGAACCAAGCUAAAGACUGCCCUGACUUCACUUUACUUUCAACAUCCCGCCCGGAAGCCAUACAAAGAAUGAAAAGCAAGUCCAAAAACUUUAAGCUUUCCCAUCUCAAGCUAGAGGGCGUUUCCGUUGAUAUGAGGACGGAGAUGGCGUUAGUCCACUACCGCUGGCUGUGUGGCGCGGGGUCUAGAGACGAGGACGGCCUCAGGAAGGUCAUGCAGCAGAUGGGAUGGAAGCAAAUGUUCAACCUGCCACUUAAUAUCCUCUUCCUCGUUACUUUCAUCUACUACGAGCCUAAUAAACUAGAAAGCACCAUAACCCAGACCGAGCUUUACCAAGAAAUCAUAAAUUGGUGUGUGGAGAAGCUGAAGGAGACGCUGUUGCGCCGUCAUUCACACCUCACAGAACACCUCCUGCAGAUAAAUAUUGGAAAUUUUUUGAAGCAGUGUUAUGAAAUUGCACUGAAAGGCCUUAUUCAGGACAAAAUAUAUCUCGAUGAUGAAGAUCGAAAUAAGCUGGAAGAGUUCAGUAGUAAAAAUAAUCUCCCAAUAGAAGACGUCUUGCCAGCCUUUUACUCCAUGCGGCGGCAAUCGGUACGCGGGGUGACGAAACCACACUACUUCGCUCCACACAAAGGAUUACAAGACUUUUUUGCGGCCUGCCACAUUCAUGGAUGCUUCAGUAACAACUACAACCCAGGAGACAUCCGAAAAGAGCUACACAAAAUGGCAGGACAAAACCUACAGCUUGGCCCACUGAGGAACAUGAUAUGUAAUCUACUGGGGCUGCUCAGCCGUCGCAGUCCCAGUGUCAAGGCGGUAGAGGAAACCGUGGACCUGUUACAAAAGUCUGGGAUGGAAGACACUAAUGACUGGCUGUCUGUGCUGGCGGACACGGAGCCCGAUAUCGACACCAUGCUAAGGGUGGCACAGCAUAUAGACGAAAACCGGGAUAAUGAUAAUGAAUAUGUUACCAAUGAAGUUAUAAGAGUAAUUGACGGCACAGUGAACAUUGCCGCUGCCCUUCUGCCUGUCAUCCGUCGAAGGAAAGUCACCAUAGACCUGACGAGGGACCAAAGUGGAAUGGAAGACUUGGGUGCAGCCCUUAAUGACCAUAAAUUAACCGACCUAAUCUUGCGUCACCACUUCAAACUCCCUCGUCCAGACACUUCCUCGGCUCCCCUGCUGCAACAAGCCCCCAGCCGUGACCUGAGGUGGUUUAGGGGCCAGCUGGACGCCGACCACUUGAGGCUACUCCCUCGAGGCCUGGUGUGGCUUUACUUGUCGGUCGCGGGAGACAGCCACGCAAAAACCCUGCUGCCGGCCCUCAGACGCAUCCGCGGGAAAUGCCCUCACCUAUACAACCUGUGGCUCCACGUCCCAGUAUCUCAAGUGACCGUUGCCUGCCUCUCACCACUCCCUGAUGAUGUCCCUGAUGUACGGCUGUAUCUGUCUGGCGUUGGGGAUGUGCAGGCAGCCGUGGCCGUGGCCGCAGCUCUUUGUCCCGAGCAGGAAGGGUAUGUGUUUAUCAGGUUCCCCGGUGCCACGCUGAGGGCCGACGGCUGGAAGGCAGUGCUGCGAGGCCUGAAGGACCGCGGCGUGAGGGUGAGGGGGGGGAGUGUUGAUGUACUAGACACCACCAUCACUGCCGACGAGGGGAAACAGCUGGACGACCUCGCUACGUACCUGCUGGGGUGUGACUUUGGAAGGUUGUCCGAGGAAAAGCUGUGGCGCCUCUAACUUUGCAGCGGGUUCGCGCCGGACAGGCAACCUCCCCAGAGAAUCCCUGAAGGCCUCCCGCCCAGCAGGCCGUUGUGAAUUAACUCUCCCGCUGGGCCCCUGGAUUAGCCUCCUGAAGUUUUUCCUUCUCUAAUAGCAUCCAGGUGAGAUGAUUCAGGCAAUUUUUCAACUGCCAACCCUACAUUGCACCCAAAAGGUCCUUGGCACAAACUUUUGUACGCUGUAUAUUUAACGCUGCAGGUAGUCCUCACGUCACGAUGGGGUUCGGGACCGAGCGCAAGUCAAAGUGGUUGUCAGUCGAAAAUUUACAUUAAGAAGUAUUAUUAAAAUGUCCAGACGUGGAUAGAUUGGCAUUCCCGUGCCUCCUGGCCUCCCCCCCUAUUCCCGCCGCUGUCCUCACGAGCUCGCCUCACCCACUCCUUCAUUCAAGCAUCCUUUAGCCAAGCAACGCUGUUGAUUGAUGAUUGUUAUGCAAUGACGCCAUCAAGCUUUGCCCUGGUGGAGCGUUGCCGGGCCUCCCACCAGGCCGCUGCACCGGAGGUUGUGUUGGCGGGGAACAGUGUGGACAAAGGACGCGUCGUUUCCUGAGUGGCCGGCGUCACCACCCGCUGCAUUUCUUGCCUGCUGUGACCGUUUCGUUCAGCCAUGAUUGCUGCUUCCUGUAAUGGUUGCUGCAGGAAUUCUGUGAGGGGGCUGUUGCCGUGGCACGCCAUUAUGCUGGCCCACAAACAGCUGCUCUACCUACAGCGAACUAUUUGAAAUGUCAGCUCAUAGCAUGACCAAAUGUUACUAUCACCAUUGGCCCGGUCGUAAGUAGACCUGGAGUAGGGACUGGUUACCGCAGCGUGGGGAGAAAUUGGAGUGUGAGUUCCACAAGCAACUGAGGGGGAAGCGAGGGUGGCCUGGCCCAGCCCUGGAGGCAUAAGGGUGGAGUCGACCUCAGUGCCUGACCUGUGAAGCCGCUGAACGGUCAUUUCUCUCGCCGUCGCAAUGGUGGAUACCUGUCUUGUGUCAGGUGUUAGGCAGAUCAGGCUCGUCAGGUCACAGUGCACCUGGAUUUCCAUGUUGUGGAGUGCUCGUGCACAUUUUUAGUUCAACUAUGAAGCCAUUAGUACUGCUAUCCAAAGCAGGUGCUGACACCUGUUUAAAUGUAUAUUGCAUCAGUAAGUGCACGGUAAACUAAAGCAAUACGGUCAUGAUGGAUAAGUCGUGGCCUGAAGGCAGUAACCAAGGCGGUGGCCGGAACCCCUCACCCGGGUAUGCGCCAUACUGACGGCGAGUGAAGUGACAGUUAAGCGGCUUCACUUCUCUCCCUAGGAUCGGAGAGCCAUGCCGGCGCCACACUUCCUACCUCCAUGAGCCUAGGCCCCCCCAGCCUCACCCCCCCCCCUGCCUGCCCCAGCCUGAUUGGGACAAUGUGUGAAGAGAGUGGUGGGUAAAGGGGAGGGCAGGAAGCACGGGAACUCUGAACAAACAUCCCGCUGCUUUACCCACACCGGGAUGUUUGACUGUCACCUCGUUACCUAACCAAGCUUAACUAAUACUGUUGGCCUGGCCGGAAGUGCAAGGGAUCGUAGGUCCCAUACAUCGUAACUCGAGGACUAGCUGUGUGAGUUUGGUUUUCUAUAAAUGCAUGCGGCUCAUGUACGCUGUGCAGGGCAGUGUCUGAACUGUGUGUGUGUGUGUGUGUGUGUGUGUGUGUGUGUGUGUGUGUGUGUGUAAGUGUGCCGUGGUGUAUCAUUAUGGAAUGUUGACCGGCUCAAAAGGCUGUCAUAACAAUAUCAUGUUACAGAACUGUGAAGUGUGCCGGGAUAUAUAUCAUUUUGAAUUGUUGACUGAUUUACAAGGGUAUCAUAACAAUAUUAUGCAACAAUACUGUGUAGUGUGCCGGGAUAUAUAUCAUUUUGAAUUGUUGACUGAUUUACAAGGGUAUCAUAACAAUAUUAUGCAACAAUACUGUGAAGUGUGCCGGGAUAUAUAUCAUUUUGAAUUGUUGACUGAUUUACAAGGGUAUCAUAACAAUAUUAUGCAACAAUACUGUGAAGUGUGCGGGAUAUAUAUCAUUUUGAAUUGUUGACUGAUUUACAAGGGUAUCAUAACAAUAUUAUGCAACAAUACUGUGAACUGUGCCGGGAUAUACAUCAUUUAGAAUUGUUGACUGAUUUACAAGGGUAUCAUAACAAUAUUAUGUUACAACAUUGUGAAGUGUGCGGGAUAUAUAUCAUUUUGAAUUGUUGACUGAUUUACAAGGGUAUCAUAACAAUAUUAUGUUACAACACUGUGAAGUAUGCAGGGAUAUAUAUCAUUUUGAAUUGUUGACUGAUUUACAAGGGUAUCAUAACAAUAUUAUGUUACAGAACUGUGUAGUGUGCCGGGAUAUAUAUCAUUUUGAAUUGUUGACUGAUUUACAAGGGUAUCAUAACAAUAUUAUGUUACAAUACUGUGAAGUGUGCAGGGAUAUAUAUCAUUUUGAAUUGUUGACUGAUUUACAAGGGUAUCUUAACAAUAUUAUGUUACAAUACUGUGAAGUGUGCCGGGAUAUAUUAUUACACUGGCUUCCAAAAAAAAUGUAAAUUGUAUAAGUUUUUUCAACUGAAUUAGGACAAAUUUGCACCGCUGAAUCCGAAAAUGACACCCGUUUCUUUCGAUCAGGUCAGGUUUUUUGCGCUAAGUCGAUUUUCAAAAAUCCGAUUUUGUGACAUUUUCAGUUGAUUUUUUUUAUAUAUCUCAUCCGAAAUAUUUUUUUAAGAUAAAAAAAUCGUUUUCUAACACAAUUCAUUAAUUUUUAUAAAAAUUGAUAAGUGUACAUUGAAUAGAAGACAUUGAUAAAGGUAAGUACACGUAAAUUGGAUAUUAGGUCAACACUGUUCAAAAUUCAGGGCAUGAACUUCCGUUUCUUGGAACUCCUAGAAUGCUCAGCGGUAGGGAUGUCUCUCUUCAGAGUCCAACAGUAAUCAGCCAUCAUGACUGCAUCCCAGUAUCCCUAAUACCUGGUCUCCAUCUCUUUCAUGUCCUGAUGGAAUCCCUUCCCCUGCUCGUCGCUCAUUGAUCCCAGAUUCUCAGGAAACCGGUCCACAUGUGAGAAUAAGUAAUGCAUUUUGAUGCUCAUGUUGCAUCCAAGGCUUCUGAAAGCAGUCAGCAUAUUGGUGACAAGUUCUGCGUAGUUCCUGGCCUACUUGUUGCCAACAAAGUUCUUCACGACAAGAACAAAAGUCUUCCGCACUUCCAGUUCCACUUUAUUCAUUGAGUUUUCAAACUCUGGAUCUCUGAUGAGUUGACGGAGUUGAGGACCGUCAAAGAUGCCAGCUUUCAACUUCUCCAUGGUCAAUCCUGGAAAAGCGUGGCACAAGUAAGUGAAGCAGCCGCCAUCCUUGUCCAGAGCUUUGGUGAACUGUUUGAUCAAGCCGAGCUUGAUGUGCAGCGGUGGGAAGAGUCUCCUGUCUGUCCACCAGAGGGAUGUUUAUGACGUUCCUUGCUCUGCAAGGCACCAGUUCCUCCCGUACAGGCCAGUCCUUCUUCGUGUAAUGCUGAGCUUUGUCCCUACUAUCCAACAUGCACAGAAAGCACGGAUACUUAGUGAACCCGGACUGUUGUCCCAACAAAAUACAAAAAAUACCAUAUAGUAAAAAAAUGGCGCAUGUAAACUCUUCAGAAUUUGUUUAUUUAAAGAAAUAAGAAAUAAUUUUGCCUCAUACAGAAAUAAAACACCCGGACGUGUAGACAAAAACGUAAAAAAAACAUCAUGUGACGAUAGAUAAAAAAAAAGUUGACCUGAUUGCGCAAAACCAAUGAGAUGUUUGGAUUCAGCACAUCAACAUUGUCCUAAAUCACCUAAAAAAACUUAGACGAUAACUUUGUUGUCGGCCAAUGUUAUCGAUUGUUGACUGAUUUACAAGGCUGUCAUAACAAUAUUAUGUUACAAUAGUGAGUAGUGCACCGGGAUAUAUAUAUAUCAUUAGGGUUGGUGACUGCCUCACAAGGGUGUCAUAACAAUAUUGCUGGUGGCUGAGCCCCACGCGGAGCAGCGUAGUGGCAACGGCCAGCAAGCUGUACAAUGUUCAGGACGUGUUUAUGUUGUGUGUGUUUCUGGCAAGUCUUUGUCAGGUGUUCCUGAACAGAACUUUAGAGCUGCACUUAUUAAAACUGCUGCUUAGAGGCCUGACAUUCUAGGCGUGUGUGUGUGGGUGGGGCCCUGAUUGUGGUCACUGCCACUCCGAUCCUGUCAUUACAACAGCAGCAGCAACACUAACAUUGAUGUAAGCCUUGUCCAUGUAUUUUAGCAACUGAUUAAAGCUUCCUGC